ACACGGUGUAACGUGUUUGCUUGUGUUAGAACAAACAUCAACAUAAGCGAUCUCCAAAGGUUUAGUGCUGGCAGACCUCUCGGCAGAACGCCCCCCACCCCCAAGGGCGAUAUAAACUAACAAUAUAUAUAACCGAGGUUUCAUAUUUUCGACUUCAAGAGAUUUGUUCUGUUGCAAUGAAUUCAAGAGAUAAGUUUGGAAGCACCAUUAAUUCAAAAUAUAUUAAGGUGAAGACACACUCCAAACUUUGACUGAUAAGAUACCGAUAGAUCUCCCGCUGGAAAGUUUUUAUGGUAUCAAACUAGGAAAUUUAAUUCUAAAUUUAGGUUCAUCUAUAGCCAAAUUGGAUUUGUACUGCAUGUAAAUCGUGUCAAGACAUGUACACCUGUAAAAAGUUGUGCAGAAAAUAUCUUUUCAUAUGUGCAUACUGUAAAAAUGGAGAUAAUAUAACUUAUCUUUUCAGUUAUUUUUUUGUUCCCUUUCGCAAUGCACGUCUAUAUGAAAAUAUUUUUGCAUAGUUUUUUAGAGUACAUGUAGGAAUUCUCGAAGUGCGUGUAGAUGUAGUAGCGCACAAUGUACAACUUAGGUGCAUAAGAGUUUGCGUCCACUAAUUAAGCUGAAUGUUCCAAUAUCAUGGUUUCUAGUUAUGCAGCCGAGAAGUAGGGAAAUGCGCAUUCUGCAGGUUGGCCUUGGUCUUCUACUUUUGUUCGCGGCACAGGAUGGCCACGCUAUUGCGGUUCCCAGUCCUCAAUGCCGAAGGCAGUGUGGCGACGUUGAGAUAGAGUACCCGUUCGGCAUCGGCAUGAGCUGCUCACUGACAGCAGCCUUUAACAUCAGCUGCAAAGUCCAAGGUGGCAUCUCCAAGCCGUUCAUCGGUACUGUGGAGCUCCUCAACAUUUCCUUGACUCAUGCCACGGUCCGGGUGCUCCAUCGCAUCGCGACAUACUGCUACAACACCUCCUCCGGGCGCAUGGACCGUAGUGGAGUCGCGGGGUUGAACGGAAGAGAUUCCAUCUACCGGUUCUCGGCCAUCGACAACAAGUUCACGGUCAUCGGGCACAACGCCCUCGCCUACAUCUCCGACAGAAACGGCACUGGCUACCAGAGCGGGUGCGUCUCGACAUGCAGCACGCUGUCAGACCUUACAGACGGCUCAUGCUCCGGUAUCGGCUGCUGCCAGACGGCGAUACCAAGAGGAAUGGACUACUACCGCGUCAGCUUCGACGAUCGUUUCAACACGAGCCAGGUCUGGACCUUCAGCCGCUGCAGCUACGCUGUGCUGAUGGAGGCAGCGGCGUUCAACUUCAGAACUAUGUACCUCAACACGACCAGAUUCAACGACACGAACGCCGGGAGGGUACCCGUGGUGUUGGACUGGGCUGUAAGAAACGGGACGAAGUCCUGCGAAGUCGCCAAACGGAACGAGGCAGGCACUUACGCGUGCCUCAGCAACAACAGCGUGUGUGUGGACUCCACCAACGGACCAGGGUACUUGUGCAACUGCUCCCAGGGAUACGAAGGCAACCCGUAUCUUCCACAUGGAUGCCAAGAUGUCAAUGAAUGCAAUAACAGUCCAUGCCCUUCAGGCGGCGUUUGCCACAAUACAAUAGGAGGAUACCAGUGCUCUUGUCGAGCAGGAAGAAAGCUUUCCAAGCAAAGCAAGACAUGCAUCCCUGAUGCCGGCUUAAUAAUAGGAGUUACAAUCGGUUUCCUAGUUCUCAUGAUUUUCUCCUCCUCUGGAUGCAUGAUCCUUCAAAGGAGAAAGCUGAACAAAGUUAAGCAGGAGCAUUUUCGUCAACAUGGAGGUCUUCUUCUGUUCGAGAGGAUGAAGUCAGAAAAAGGUCUUGCCUUCACGGUAUUUACAGAAGCUGAACUUAUACAAGCCACAAACAACUACGAUAAGAGUAGAAUAAUUGGAAAGGGAGGCCACGGAACGGUCUACAAAGGGAUAGUUAAGGAUAACAUGCAUGUUGCAAUUAAGAGAUGUGCAUUGAUUGACGAAAGGCAAAAGAAGGAAUUUGGUCAAGAAAUGUUAAUCCUCUCUCAAAUCAAUCACAAGAACAUUGUCAAGCUCGUGGGCUGCUGCCUUGAGGUGGAAGUUCCGAUGUUAGUCUAUGAGUUUAUCCCAAAUGGCACACUGUUCGAGCUUAUCCAUGGCAAGAACCAAGCACUGCAGAUCUCUUUUAGCACCCUCCUUAGGAUUGCUCAUGAAGCAGCUGAAGGACUUAACUUCCUACACUCGUACGCAUCUCCCCCAAUCAUCCAUGGUGAUGUCAAGACUGCCAACAUACUCCUUGACGACAAGUACAUGGCUAAAGUGUCGGACUUCGGAGCCUCCGUACUAGACCCAUCCGAUGAAGAGCAGUAUGUAACAAUGGUUCAAGGUACGUGUGGCUACCUUGACCCUGAGUACUUGCAGACAUGCCAAUUGACCGACAAAAGCGAUGUCUACAGCUUCGGUGUUAUUCUUCUAGAGAUCCUCACAGGCCAGGUGCCUCUGAAACUGGACGGUCCUGAGAAACGGAGGAACCUAUCAUCAAAUUUCCUGUUGGCUAUGAAGGAGAACAAUCUCGAUGCAGUGUUGGCGAGCCACGUAAAAGGGCAAGAGAGCAUCGAAUUGAUUAAAGGAAUUGCAGAGCUAGCCAGGCAAUGCCUGGAUAUGUGCGGCAACAAUAGGCCCUCCAUGAAAGAGAUCGCCGAUGAGCUUGGCAGAUUGAGGAAGCUUUCACUGCAUCCUUGGAUACAACUCAAUACAGAGAUGGAAUCUGAAAGCCUUCUUGAUGGAAGAUCAACUACUGGUUCUGAGAUAGAAGCUACUACUACUGGCUAUCCUUCACAGGAAGGUGCGGACCUGCCCAUGAACCCAAGAAGUUCGUAUUAUGCGAGGUGACUAAAACAUAUGUUGUACUCCAUUAGAACUUCUACAUGAUGGGGGUAUUGGCUAGUUGGGCUGCUACCUAAUAUGUAUAAUACAUACAUGCACAAAGUUCUAUCUAUUUGAUUCUGUU